AUUUGUGGUUUGCCGUACAACAACAACAACAGAAAUGGCCUCUUCCCAGGAUGUCCACGUCCGAAUUUGUGGACAAGAAAUAAUCAAAUAUGAUCUCGAAAUUAAAGCUCUCAUUCAGGACAUUAGAGAAUGUCCGGGGCCACAAAGUGUGUUGAUGGAUUUCAACUCCGAAGUAAAAGAGAGAUUCAAUCAGCUGCGACUGAGAAUCCAGAAUUUGGAGCAAAUGGCCAAGGAACAAGACAGAGAAACAGAAAAACAAGCCAUCUUGAGUGAGACAGAGAGUAAUCGUAGACAGAUGCUGAGUAACCAGACAGCUUGGAGGAAGGCAAACCUGGCAUGUAAACUGUCCAUUGACAACCUUGAGAAAGAUGAGCUGUUGUAUGGUGGAGACUCCACUGUGCGACAACGAAAAGCAACUAAGGAGAGUUUGGUCCAGACAUCCGGUGAUAUCACAGAGAGCCUGAUGAGCAUCAGUCGUAUGAUGGCUCAGUCGGUGUCGCAGAGCGAGGAGACCAUCGGCACUCUGGCUACGUCUUCAAGAACAGUCCUGGAAACGGAUGAAGAGUUCAAAGCCAUGACAGGAACCAUACAUUUGGGAAGGAAACUGAUCUCAAAAUAUAACAGACGAGAAUUAACUGACAAACUACUCAUCUUUCUAGCAGUAGCUUUGUUUUUAGCAACUGUCUUGUACAUUUUGAAAAAAAGGCUGUUCCCAUUCAUUUAGAGAAAAUUGUGAGCAGUUUCCUGUUCUUACAUUUUUUUUGUCCCUUGAUAUUUCUGUCCAAAACUAGGUCUGUAAUAUAACUACAGGCAUGCCUUUCUAACCUUUCAAUGGGUUUUUCUUGCCAUACAGUCUUGUGCAUUUCCAUUAUGCACCUUCCCCAGACUGUCUGCAGAACUGUGUCAGACUGUUUUAUUUUUUAUUUUGUUUAACCUUUUAUUUAACUAGGCAAGUAAGUUAAGAACAAAUUCUUAUUUACAAUGAUGGACUAGGAACAGUGGGUUAACUGCGUUGUUCAGGGGCAGAACGACAGAUUUUUACCUUGUCAGCUCGGGGAUUCGAUCUAGCAACCUUUCGGUUACUGGCCCAGAACUGUCAGACUGUCUGCAGAACUGUGUCAGACUGACAUGCAUUAUCUAUCUCUACCACAGAGGAAUGACCUUGUUUAAGGGCUCAUAGCUGGCAGGGACACUUACAUUUUUUUUUUUAUCCCAUUGCCCUACUUAUUCUUACUGUACAGUAUAUCUGGAAUGUACACCCUGGCCUUAGUCCAUAUACAGUAAGGAAAUGGUUACUGUAGAUCAGUAUUGCUGAUGGAAUAGUGUUCCCAAAACACAUGAAAUUAGCAAAUUGUUGUGAGAGAGACUACUUAUUGUAUAAAAGAAUCAACCGUUUUACAACAUUUUGAAUAAACAAAUAUGUUUAAGUCUCUUUAAUUAUUGCUAACUAGCUCAAAGAUCUUUCUCCACUUUCACAUGACAUAGGGACAGAUAUAUAUUUACCCUAAUAAAGUUUAGAAACAUUUGUGAAGGUUUGGUGUGGCUAUUAUUAAGCUUUAGUUACUCAGGCCUACGAUAUGAAGGCCGUGCGCCCUGACGCCCAAAAUAACAGUUGAACUUGAGGAAGUUUCAGACCUACCAGAGUUAAUGCUAUAAUAUAAUGCUUAUCUUUAUAGAAAAUAUUCAGAGAAAUUAACAAAUUACCCUCCUUCUGUAUGUCUAUCUGUAUAGCAGAUGCAGUAGCCAUCUGACAUUAAGAAAUGCAUCUCCAUCUCUCUGGGGUUAGGCCUAAGCUUCUCUUGGUUUAUAUAUAGGCUAUAUAUAUUUAUUAAAAUUUGAAUAUCAUACAAUAGACAACUAAGCCUGUAGGUCUUUGCAUGCAGUACCCUGAUACAUUUAGUGCUCAAAUCUGAGACCUGAACUCUGAGGUGGACAAUUAUUGUUUUAGGAAUCGCCCCAGGUUAUAAAGUUUUGCAUAUGCUACACAUCGAAACACAAGGAAUAGGGUUUUGUCAUAGGCUGUUUUUAAGGACAUAUAAAUGUCUCAUUUGGCAAACAUCCCUUGGUUAUUGAUGGUGCUAGCUGUGUUGGAUCUGAAUGCAUAUGGAUGUCCUUUAAAUUUGUAAUUUGUCCAGUAAAAUAAAAUCUUCCCUGUCAUGUU